AAAUACCCAGGAAAGAUGGAAGGCCUUUUCCGGCAUAAUCCCUACACGGCCUUUCCUCCCACUGUGCCCGGCUUACCUCCGGGUCUCCCACCGGCCGUCUCCUUUGGAUCCCUGCAGGGGGCUUUCCAGCCCAAGAACACGAACCCCGAGCUGCCACCAAGACUGGGGCCAGUGCCGAGUGGGCUCCCCCAGAAAGGGACACAGAUCCCCGACCAUUUCCGGCCACCUUUGAGGAAACCAGGGAAGUGGUGUGCCAUGCAUGUGCGUGUGGCUUACAUGAUCCUGAGACACCAGGAGAAGAUGAAGGGCGACUCCCACAAGCUUGACUUUCGGAAUGACCUCCUGCCCUGCCUUCCGGGACCCUAUGGGGCACUGCCCCCUGGGCAGGAGCUCUCCCACCCGGCCUCCCUCUUCACUGCGACUGGUGCCAUCCACGCUGCAGCCAACCCUUUCACGGCAGCUCCCGGGGCCCACGGACCCUUCCUGAGCCCCAGCACCCACAUUGAUCCCUUUGGGCGUCCCACAAGCUUCGCCUCCUUGGCUGCUCUCUCCAAUGGGGCCUUUGGAGGCCUGGGCAGCCCCACAUUCAACUCCGGCGCUGUUUUUGCCCAGAAAGAAAGCCCAGGAGCCCCACCAGCCUUUGCCUCCCCCCCAGAUCCAUGGGGCCGCUUGCACCGCAGUCCUCUGGCGUUUCCUGCCUGGGUCCGUCCCCCUGAGGCUGCCCGGACACCAGGCUCAGACAAGGAGCGGUCUGUGGAGCGGCGGGAGCCCUCGAUCACCAAGGAGGAGAAAGACAGGGACCUCCCCUUUUCAAGGCCCCAGCUCCGAGUUUCUCCCGCUACUCCCAAGGCCCGGGCUGGUGAGGAAGGGGCCAGGCCAGCUAAAGAAUCCGUGCGGGUAAAGGAAGAGCGGAAGGAAGAGGCUGCUGCAGCUCCCACCGGGCCUCAAGGCCUUCACCUGCUGUUUGAGAGGCCCCGGCCACCUCCCUUUCUGGGCCCUAGUCCACCAGAGCGCUGUGCUGGCUUCCUGGAGCCAACUUGGCUGGCAGGCCCCCCACGCCUUGCUAGGCCACCCCGCUUCUAUGAGGCAGGUGAGGAGCUGACCGGACCAGGGGCCGUGGCUGCUGCCCGCCUCUAUGGUCUAGAGCCUCCCCAUCCCCUGUUAUACAGCCGCUUGGCUCCGCCGCCACCACCUGCUGCGGCCCCAGGAACCCCUCAUCUUCUCAGCAAGACCCCACCAGGAGCCCUUUUGGGGGCACCACCUCCACUCGUGCCCGCCCCCCGACCAGGCUCCCCACCUAGGGCCCCUGGCCCUGCCCGGGCUGACAGGUGA